GAAACCAAUUGAGUAAAAAUGAGAUGAAGUUGAAUUUGUACUUUGUGAGUUCAUCCACUGCGUAUUGUUUUCUUUUUCAUCAUGACGAAAUCUUUGAUAGACUUGUGCAUGUUCUGUAUAGCUAACAACCUCGAAAAUAUCAAGCGAGCAGGAUCAUCACUGUGUAAAAACGACAAAGAACUUCUUCUAGAAUUGCUUUGCGACCAUGAUAUGUUUACAGCGAAAAGGAUUCCAUUUGUAACUAAACAGCUUCUUUCACCGACGUUGACCAACAUUGCUUUUGGUUAUUCUGGUCAAGUGGACGAUGCAUUGCUCCAAAAGUUAGCUCUCUCCCGUUGCAAACUGAGGUCAUUUGUUCUCAAGAAUUGCCCGCAGGUAUCAGGUGAGAAAACAUUCGUUGAAUUCGAGGGUGCAUGGAAGCCAACUGUAAAUAGAAUAUGUUUGCAUGGCGUGUCAAAGUAUUUUUGGGCUUCUUUUUCUUUCACUGUCGAUUUUUAACAAAAUACGUGAAGAGUUUUAAAUAAAAGGUUUGACUCAGUCCUGAUUUGUCAUGAUCGUCCCGUAGUUAAGGGUCCCUGAUCUUGUUGGGUUCUUCGAAUGACACUUCGAAACCUAGCAAAAGAUAAAUUUUUAAUUUUAAUCGAUAUUUUAAACGAAAUCAGUUCGAAAGGGUAAAUUAAGAAUUUGCAUGUAGUAUCUCUCGAGAUUUGUCGAAGCUCUUGUAAGGGACUACGGAGACGAUUUUGAUCACAGUCGAGGUCGUCGAAAUUUUUUUAAAACGAAGGUCACAAGGUAAGCGCUGCAUCUGGUUGCAACAUACACGUACUCUGGAACUGUGUGAUAGCGACGUUAUUCGAAGUCUCGAAAGAUGAACAAAAUUACAAUUUAGCUUGUGAACAUUGUUCGGUAGUUAAAAAGCUGUUGGGUGAAGAAGAAUUUUGUUAUUGCCUCGUCGUUUUGAAAAGGAAAGUGAUUUCCUUCAAGGUGAAUGAGCGCAUGUAUUAGUAGACAUAAAUUAAUUGUUAAAGGAGUCUCACCACUGAGGAUCAUCAUUAAACCAUGAUCGCUUUCACUGUGGUACCACAAAGUUAAGGUGCUGACAGAACUUUGAACUUGUAUUAGUUCCUUUAAAGGCUUGCAAAACAUUAGGCAUUAAUGGUUCCACAACAGGUCUGGGGCAAGUCACAUUGCCAAUUUGCAUCGCAACUAGCUUGGAUUAGUUUUCUGCCAAUCUUUUCCCUAUAAUUAAAAUUUUGUUGUUACAGAGCACACACAUGCAGAGUCAUUUGUUGCACAGACCUGCUGCAGUGACCUGAAGCUAAUAGUCUGCUCUGGCCUUUAUCUAGUUGAUCCUUAAGCCAGAUCUGAAUUAUUUAGAGGAACACACCAUAGUUCAUACCCUUAACUAGUGAGGUGCUGUCUCAAGAACUCAUUUCCUAUGCUUUUUUUUCCCUUCUUUUUCUCAAUAAAAUUGAAUACACUGCCUUUUUAUCUUGUCUGGAAAGGUUUAAAAGGCAGAUGUCACUCAAUACAGGGGGUGGAACAGGAGGGUGGAUAGGGAGAUGGGAAUCAGCUAAUUUUUUAUCACAAUCUGUGUGUGUCUCACCUUACUUUCAUCCACCUGGAUCUGGGUUGAAACUUUUCCAUGGGAUAUAUUGAUUGCAAACAAGUAUAUAUAUAUAUAUAUUAAUAUAAGAUAAGAUAUAGCUCUUUGGCAUACAAAGCUUUGCUUUCAUGUCCAAAUUGAGCACUCUACUAGGAUGAGUCAUUGCUGCUAGCAUUGUACAUGCUCACUUGUUUUUCUAGUUUGAGCACUCUGGUAUGGCUUAGAUGAUCCCACAUGUGUGAGAUCACUUGGGGUGGUUACAUUGCCUUACCUCCAUUUUAGUAUUAGCACUGCAUUGAUGUGGCCCAGAGGGCCGAAACAGUACUGUAUGCAGUUAGUUAUAUAUUAAUACAUGUAUGUAAUUUUUGUUUCCUUUGUAUAGUCCAUACUGAUUUCACCUAAAGUUUUGUUAUUGAAUAGUUUUUAGAAGUGUUAAGUAAAGAGCAAAUUCUAAUUGAAUUGCUAAGCUGACAUGGUCUGGAAAGGUUUUCUAGCUUUCUGUAAAUGAUGACAACUUUAAAAAUAAAGUUGACAGAACACUUACUUACUGACUGAAUCAGGCAGCAGAUUAAAAAUGCAACCUGCUGUCUGAAGUUCUAGACAGAUGGAAUCUGGCAUUCAAGCUGAAAUUUUUAGGAAUUCAUAAAGCUGUUGAUCUUAGGUGUUGUUUGUAAAAUUGGUAGUCAGAGUUUUUUUGGCCUAAUUCAAACCAAUGUACAAACCUGGUAUCCAAGCUGAAAGUUUUAGGAAUUCAUAAAGCUGUUGAUCUUAGGUGUUGUUUGUAAAAUUGGCAGUCUGAGUUUUUUUUGGCCUAAUUCAUUAUGAUCUGCAAAUCUACCUGCCUUCUAUAAAUGGACAACAAAUAGGUUCCAUGACCUUACGUUAGAUGUUAAACUGUUGUUGUUGUUGUUUUUUUUUUCAGAUAAGGGAUUAUCUUCCCUCCUCAAGACACAAACAGAUUUGGAAUUUCUGCAUCUUAAACUGAGUUCUUUUCAAGUCCAUCUCACUGAAAAGUGUUUAUUAACACUACGGUCUUCAAAAUUAGUAUCAGUUAAAUUAGAUCACAUUGAUCAGCUGAGCAACAAUGGAGUUAUAACCUUGGCAAAGAAUUGUCCAAAUAUUUGUGAAUUGAUGCUGCCAGGGUGCAAAGAACUUAAUGAUAGUUGUAUUGAAACUGUUACACGUACACUUUUGAAAGGAAAACUGGUAAGUUAUGUGACUGUUGGUUGUACUUGUAUAUUUUAAUACAAGUACGAUUACCAAAGAAGGUCAGAUGAUUGAGAUGAGCUCAAACCAUCUGUUAAUUGUAUAUUUAGACAGUUAACCCAGGCCUUUAACUCCCAGAUCAAAUUCAUAAUUCUCCUUACUGUCAACCAUACAAUUCUUAUAGUGUUAGUUCAGAGAAUUUAAUAUUGGAUCAACUAAUCAUCCCCAAAUUGAUAUUUUUCUUUCUUCUCAUUACAUAUCUGGCUGAUAUUGUAUUGAUAUUGUAAGGAGAAAUUCUGUCUUGGUCACUCAUGAGAGUUAAAGGCUUAAAAGAGACUGUUAAUUUAUCUGACUGUAUUGUUUGCUGCAUAUAGUCUUAGAAUUGCAAAUAUAUGAGUGAUAUAUAUGCAUUUUCAUUAAAAGAAUAAAACAGCUAACCUGGAAAGUUAUGCAACAACAGUUCUUGCAUGCUCUUGAGGCUUACUGUGUAUUUACACAGGCAUGAUGUAUGCACUGUCCCAUAACAAACAUGAUGUACACACUGUCCAAUGAUGAGCACAACUUGCACACUGUCCAAUGACAAGCCUGAUGCGUACACUGUCCUAUUAGCACUCAAAUUGGGCUGGUGAUAACCAAUCCUGUUCAAGAAUUUUGUUAUUAGUUUUUACUAGGUGCUAAACUUCAACUUCUUGUACGUGCAUGAAGUAGCUGCUAAGAGUUUCUCUUUGCUGAUGAGUUUUAUCCUUACUAGGAAGUGUUGGAGCUGUCCGAAAUACACUUAUUGACAGAUCUUAGCCUGCUUGCCAUUGGUUCGGGUGAUUGUCCCAAGCUCAGAGAGUAAGAUAUUAUGCACUGCUUGCUUAUUAACCCUCUGAGUUUGAUUACCAUCUAAUUUCUCCUCACAAUAUCACCCCUGAAUCAAACAGUAUGAUUAUGAGAAUAAUGAAAAUGAUCACCAGCUAAAGAAACUCCUGAUUUUUAUACAUGUUCUCCUUGUUAGCACAUUGGGAAAUAUAUAAAGAAUAGUAUCAAGAAUAUGCAUACUGAUGUUAGGGUGUAAAGGGUUAAUACCUACUGACAGUAACAUCUUAUUCUGGUCCUCAUAAGGAAAAAAAAUAGGGUUUAAGCGAGCAAUUAAUAAAGAGGAGCAAGAACAAAAUGUGACCGUAAUGACAAUUGGUUCUCAAACAUUGAUCAGCAAUUAGACUCUGUUAACUUUUCAACUCCUAAGAUUUGAUUGUUAAUUCUCCCCACUACCUGCCACUAACACAUUUCCUUGUAACUUAGUUAUGAGAAUUGUGUGUUAGAUGAAGAUAACAACUGCUACCUGAUAAGUUUUAGUAUUCUCUUUACCUGUUUGCUGACUAAUGUUUGGAUGUUUUAGGGAGAAGUUACUCGUUAAUCACUACAAGUCCUGUGAUUUACUGCCUUUUUAACAUUUUGGGAGUCUUUCUGCAUAGUUAAAUCUUUGACAACACAGGCAUCAUUCUCUACAUUAUAUUUAUGCAUGGUUGUAUUCCUGUGCAAUGACUGUCGUUUCCAUUUUUGUUAUCAAACAGACUGCUUCUUGUUGGUUGCAAUAUGAUUUCAGGAGCAGGGCUAUUACAGGUACAAUAAGAAAUUUUAUCAAACAGUGCUAAGUGUAGUGCAAAUUAUACACACAUUUAAUGCAUCAAAUAUGGUUGUUUGGACAAUUGGUUAUUUUGAAUGUUAAAAAACCUGUUGAACAGGUCCCCUGUGCUUGCACUGAAAUUGUAUCAAAGGAUAGAGAAAAAUGGACUGUACCACUGAUCUUAGUUCACAGCUUUCUGCUCCUAAGCUUGUCACCAUGUGAUUCAGUUAGAUCAUGAAAAGGAACAAAUCAAUAUCUUUGAAGUUCUGUGAAGUCAUACCUUUGUUAUAUAAUUCAAGCUCAUCCAUGCCUUAUUUUAUUUCUAUUUAAUAUCAAUUAAUUAAGAUAGUGAGUAGUGUAGCCAACAAGACUGUAGCAUUUCAAAUAAAAUGCCAGUUAGAUCUAUUCUAAUCAGUAACUCAUAUAAUUAUUCUAAAACAGUGGAUAGCCUUGAAGGUGUGCUCUGAUUGGCUACUCAAACUCCCAAUAUCCUUUGCUAUUAAUCUCCAAGUAACUUGCACAUAAAUUGCGCUCAGAAGUUUUUCAAAUCAUUCUUUGCAAGAAUAAAUGAGUCAAAAUCACCUUUUUGUGCUAUGUUAUCUCCUAGUUUUAGUACAGAGCAAAACAACUUUUUCAUUCCAGUGUUGGACUGGCUAGUGGUGGAUAUUUAUCUUGUUUCUUCACUGCUUGGUAAAUGUCUACUACUAGCCAGUCCUUCACUUUGGUGAAGAUUUAUUAAUUAUAAUAAUUGUAAAUGAUAAUGUUAUUUAUGACUUUCAGCCCAACAUAGAUGCAUGUAUGUUGUAAGUUGUUUAGAAUUCUCUCUGGAUUUGGACAUUUUUUUAACCAAAUUAAUUAUUAAAAUAAUCAGUUUUUAUUUUGAUCUUAGCCUUAAAUUGUUCUUUUAAAUUUUAUUUUUAAUUUGGAUGUCUUGAUUAAGAUUCCUCUGUUAUCAUUUACUGCAGGUUACUCAAGGCUGUCCUAACUUGACAAGCCUGGACAUUGGAUACUGCUACAGAAUUUUGAAUGAUGGCAGAACAUUGGUGACAGCAAAUGCAUUCCCGUCCAAUCUACUGGAACUGACUUUACAUGGAGUGCAAAUGUCAUCAGAAUUACUCAUUGACCUUGUGGAAAAAUUGGAUUAUAUAAGAGAAUUGACUUUGUGUGGAAUGAAGGCAGUAGAUGAUGAUUCUUUAGAAAAAGUAAGUAUGGAAUUAUUGAAAAGAAAAAAACCCUGUUGGUGUUUCUCAACAAUUCUGAGGGGUACAUUAAUUUUUUUUAAGGCCUGUUACAAAAUUUUAUUUUAAUUAGCAUCCCAGACAGUGCCCCACAGAAAAAUGCUAAUCCUUGGUAAUGUGUAUGCUGUAGUUUGAAUUAUUUUUCCAGAUUUGAUACAUUUAGUACAUGUAUCAUCCUUUGAUCAAGAGCCAUCAUAGUCUGUGGUAAUGUACAUAAAAUCAGAUGAACCAGCAAGGGCAUGAAAGUGAUCUGAAAGGCACAGCAAUUUGUGUCAGACCAUUAAAAUUUUGAAGUUAAGUCAAGUCAUCUUUUUUUAAGCACGGUGACCCUUUCAACACUUAAGGCUGGUAUCAACAGGGGCUCUGCAGGUUAUGUUGGAGAACUGGGAAUGACUCUACAUAAAAGAUCUCCUCUUGUCUGCUUUGAGUGACAAUUUGACCUUUUUUCCUAUUGAUUUUGCAGAUUUGUUCAGCUGCAGGGCGAACCUUGAGAUCAUUAGACUUGAGUGGUUGUGCAGUUUUAACAGAUGCUGGACUUUCAGCCAUCAGCAAACAGUGUCAAGCCAUUGAAUCUCUUAAAGUGUCUUUCUGCCCAAAUAUCACUGGCAAGAGCUUGAAAUCUCUUUUCCGCUGCCCCAAAAGAGGGCAAGAGUUCAAAGCAUUUGUGGCAAAUGGAUGUAAAAUGGUGAGUUUGAAGUGAAGUAUUAUGAUUUAGAUUUCUACCGACAAGUUCAAUCUUAUCAACGUGUUGAUAGUGCAUAGGUAGUGUGUUAGUGGUGUGUUGGUAGUGUAAUGGCUGACGCGUUGGUGGGAUUGGAUUCUUUACCUUUACCUUAUAGUGCUGGAGCUGGUAAAGAAUAAAGAUGAGUGAGCCCAUUUGGAAGAAUGGUGGAAUAUCCUAAAACAUGGAAUCACAGAAUAUCCCAAAAUGCAAAAAUUUGUAAAAGAAAUUACACUAAAACGCUGAAUACUUGAAUAUCUGAUUGAAAAACACUGAAUGGUGCAAUACUUUUCUAGGAUUUUUAAAUAAAGCUCACAUUAGGAGUGUACCAUCACCUAGAAUAUACUAUUAUCAGGAAAAGCAUCUUACAUUAUUUUAUUCAUUAUAUUAUAAUUAUGCUCAUGGGUUAAAGAAGAAGGAACAUUUAACAAAAUUAUCAGGUUUGCAUGAUUAUCAGAAAAUUUUUGGGAAUGUGAGGUAAUGUAUUUAAUAUGUUUUCUGUCAGUGGCACUGUUCAUGGAUGCUAGUUGCCAAUUGAAAUUAAAAUUUUUAUGAACCAUUUAUAACUGCAGCAGCAAUAUGUAUCGUGUAAAAUUGAGAUAACUCUCCCUUGAUAUAUUUUGACUGAUUUCUCUUGUAGUUCUCUGUAGAUGUUAUAACUGAAAUAGCAGCAAGUUGUCCUUCGCUGCUUGUUCUGCGGCUUGCGGGCAUGAAAGAUGUGGAUGAUCAGCUCCUGACUGCAGUUGCUGAAAAUUGUCACCAAAUUACCCGUGUCAGCAUUAAAGGCUGCGGCUUGGUAUGUAGCCUUGAUUUAACAAUUGUCUCAAAAUUAUGCUUUUUUGUAUGCAAUAACUCUUCUAUGGAAAUUCACUCUACCUCCCUUUUUCAUGUUCCCUUAGCUCUUUACACCUUAAAAUUAGUAUAGAUAUUCUCCAUACCCUUCUCUGAGAACUUUAAAGAAACAUAUGUUCUCAGUAACAAGUUGUCUAACUGUCUGAGUUAUGGUCUGAGUUGGUUAAAAGAAUUUGUCUGUGACUGGGCUUGGAAAACAACAAGUUUAUUUAAACAGCCCCCCCUCCUUCUCUGGUCAAAGCACUUUGAAUUUUGGUGAGUGAAUUGCAGAAUAAAAAUUCUAUGAUUUGUACAAAAAUGAUUUUCAACCAAAUUCUCCAUGACAUCAGAGUUGAAUUUAAAGUUGAAUUGCCACAGACUGCAACCUUUUCCCAGAAAAGUGUCACUGCCACUGGUCUUGUCAUGUAGUCUUCCUCUGCCAUAACCUUAACAAUAGCUACCCAGUUCACAGUUAAGAAUUCCUCUGACUGUUAAAUAAAUGUAUGGUAAUUUAUUGAACAGGUCUCUGAUGUUGGUGUAUGUGAGUUAGCACGUAUGUGCCCAUUAGAAGAGGUUGUUGUGUCUGGUGUCUCAGGAUUAACAGAUCGGUCUGUUUUUGCCCUGGCAAACUGCUGCUGCUCAACUCUGAAAGAAGUCUAUGCUUCAGGGUGUUCCAUGAUCACUCAGGCAGCAAUUAAUUAUCUGAAGGUACUUGAACAUGGUAUCUUUUUUUUUUUCUUUUUGAUGUAGUCACAUGUGUUGGACAGUCAAUAUUCAGGUUCCAGAAGGAGGGAGAAAUGAAUGAUCAUUUUGUACCUUACUAACAUUAACAUGCACAAUCAAAGCCCAAAAUCAAAUUCACCAGACUGAUAAUUCCUGAGUAAUAUUAUAUACUACAUGCUGAUAUACCUUCACAUUAAUCUUGUCUAAGUUGUACAAUUUUUUUUUUCUUUUUUUCCUUUCUUUUACUUUUAUAAUUUCUUUUUUUCUUUUCUUUUUUUUUUUUUUCAAAUCUCAACAGAGCCACCACCAAACUUUCACCAUAGGUUAAAUAGCAAGAUGCCCUCCCCUCCCUUCCUUGGUAGCUUGUUGUCAUAGUUACAAAGCAGUUAUGGUUAGACUGUCAACAAAUCCCUUUUCAUUAAUGUAGUGUUCAUUUAUCUUUCCACUUUUUUCCUGUUUAAUAUUGGGAAAAAAAAAGAAGUAUAUUUUCCUAACCAAGAUAUAAUUUUUUUAUCCCAACCAAUAGGACUGUUGUUUGAAGAGAAUAUUUGUUGAACAUCGUGUACCAAAUGUUGAUCCCGACCAGGUUAUGGCCAAGAAUCUUGAUACUGGAGAAUUCUGUCGAGCCGACCUUUUAUUCACAGGUCCUGUUGUGCAAGACCCAGAUCUAUCCUCCACAAUAGCUACAACAACAACAACAACAACAAACUAAAAACACUAAGAGAGUGGUUAUAGUCUUUUGAAGAAUGAGCAUGUAAGAUUACAGCCUAAGUAUAAAUACUUUUUAAAAUGAAUGAACAAACAAACAAAUAAAUGUACAUUAGUACCAUUUGCACCAUUCAAUUGAUGAAAUCUGAAAAACAGCAAAAAGUGCUGCAAGAUAAUGAUGCAACAUUUUGUGGAAUGAGAAAUGAAGGAAAGAUUUCUUCUCCAGACAAAUGUAAAGACUUAAAACCAUGGAUUGAUAAGAUUGGAAUGUAGAUUGAAUGUUAAAUGUUUGCUCAACUAGGUAGAUGGUUUUUUGUAUUAGUUCUAGUACUACUCAUCAACCAGUUUGCCUCGGGUUAAUAAACAUACACUCACAUCAGUG